GCGUCGCGUGUCACGUGGUGCGCAUGUCGAAGGUCACGGCGCGCUCACAAUGGAGCUCUCGGAGUAUGUGCAGAGAGGCUUCCAGACGCUGGCGGAUCCCGGUUCCUUUGACUCCAACGCCUUCGCGCUUCUCCUCCGGGCGGCUUUCCAGAGCCUGCUGGACGCCCGGGCGGACGAGGCCGCGCUAGAUCACCCAGACUUGAAACAUAUCGACCCAGUGGUUUUAAAGCAUUGUCAUGCGGCAGCUGCAACUUACAUACUGGAGGCAGGAAAGCACCGAGUUGACAAAUCUACUCUAAGCACUUACCUAGAAGACUGUAAAUUUGACCGAGAGCGAAUAGAACUGUUUUGCACGGAGUAUCAGAAUAAUAAGAAUUCUCUAGAAAUCCUACUGGGAAGUAUAGGCAGAUCCCUUCCUCACAUAACUGAUGUUUCUUGGCGGUUGGAGUAUCAGAUAAAGACCAAUCGACUUCAUAAGAUGUACCGACCUGGAUAUUUGGUCACCUUAAAUGUAGAGAACAGUGAUUCCCAAUCCUACCCAGAGAUUAGCUUUAGUUGCAGCAUGGAGCAGUUGCAGGACUUGGUGGGGAAACUUAAGGAUGCUUCAAAAAGCCUGGAAAGAGCAACUCAGUUGUAACUUGGAGAGGCGGAUGAAGAGCCUAGAGGAGAGCCAGACGCACCUUGUCUUCUGCAGGACGGUCGUUCGCGAGCUAGAUGUCAUUUUCUGUAGCAAAAGAGCUUCCUUUUGAAGUUAUGCCAACCAUCUAUUUUGACACCUUUUUUACAUAUGUGAAAUGGUUAAGAGGGAAGCCCUUAAGCAUUUGAGUGUUCAGUAUUAAUCGUGCAUUCCCUCUAUCUUCAGCGUUUUCAAGCCCCGUCAAAGUAUAAUACUCUGAAUAAAUACGGUGGCGUUCCCAAAAGAAGGGUGGUAAUCUGGAGUUUGUGU